AUGGCUGCUUGUAGUUGCAACAAGAGUUUCUCCAGCGAUCACAUGUUGCUGAGCCCAGAGGAUGUGGGUCUCUGUGAUCUCAUUCGGAUCUUGUUUUCCAAUGAGAUUGAGAAAAGAAAGUUUGUGGACUGCCAGAAGGGGACUGAGGAGCCAUUCAAUCGUCGAUGGCUCAUAUUCGUCUCCGUCUUGUCUCAGAAAUUCCUGCGCUCUGUGUCAAAACCCAUGGCUUGGUUUGGGUCUGUGGCUGAGCACUGGCUUAACCUUCUGUCCAGUAAUCGGAAUUUUGGUGUGCUGGUGCUAAAUUUCCUUCGAGGAACCCCUAGUCUUCCACCAAGAAAAGUUAUGCAAAUAAAUGUGGGGACAGAGGACACGUGUUUAGUCAAGCUUUCCUUCAGCAAUGACCCAGAAAUUUCUCCAGAAAAAGAGUUUAGUGCUUGUGCCAAUUGCAAAAGGUGA